GUGACAUGGCCGAGUGGUCUAAGGCGCUGCGUUCAGGUCGCAGUCUCAGCAAUGGGGCGUUUUAUAGGCCUUUCAUUUGUUACUCCUGGACCGAAGGGGUCCUUAAAUUUGGUGGUACAUUGUGAGGUUGUCAUAUGUGGUACCUCAAGGCUGAUGUUUCUCGCGCAGCGCACCAUUAUUGUCAUGUGA